GAACCAAACUACAUAUGGGUGCCGACUGUCUUCAAUUGAGAAAAUGAACACUAAGACAUGUCCCUAAAUAUCUUCUUUAAUGAAGGAAAGGAAAACAAACAGUUUUGGAAUGACAUUAGAGUGAAUAAAUAAUGACAGAACUUUUGUCCUUGCAUUCCUGUAAUGUAGAUUAAUGAAGAGUGUUUAAGUGUUGACACACUAAAUCAGUGUCAGAUUGUCACCUCAAAUAAAUCAAUAAAACAAAUACCACAUAUAGUAAAUGCACUUGUGAAAAGGAAGAAGGAAGUAAAUCUGUUGCCCCGCCUGAGACUCCACCAGUGAUGCUUAGAGGAGUGAGGAUGAGGGAUGGUUUAAAAGCACAGCCACUCCAUCCACUCACUACAACACACUCCGAGCCUUGACUCCAGAACCAGAGAGACAGAGAGACCUAUUAGAGACCUGAGAUGAAUCUUCACACUUUUGUUUUUGUGGUGGGAUGUUGUUUUGCUCUUUCAUUUGGUGCAGAAGGAGAAAGUCCUGGGAGACGUUUCAUUCUAGAUUCGAUUGAGGAAGCAAAGAAAAUCGUGGAUGCUGCUUACAAGUAUUCUCGUGAUGAGAGUUUAGCAAGGGUGCGCAGAGAUGUCAUCAAGCCGUCCGACAAGCUACGUCUACUGAAACAGCCAGCUCGAAAGACACGAGAAGCCGUGAGAGCAGCAGACUACAUGGUGCAGACACUGAGGCUGAUCAGUGAGAAAGCCCAUCAUGUACACAAGAGGUCGAUCAAUGCUACAGACCUGCUGACUCCAGAUGAGCUGAAGACCAUUGAACGUCUGACAGGCUGUACAGCUCAAAUCCAGCCCCCAUCUUGUAGGACCACACCCCUCAUAAACAAAUAUCGAACUAUCACCAGUGUCUGCAACAACCGGAGGAACCCACUCCUUGGUGCAUCCAAUACCGCUUUUACCCGCUGGUUGCCUGCUCGCUAUGAAGAUGGCAUCUCCCAGCCCAAUGGGUGGAAUCCCAACAGAUUGCACAACGGUGCAGUGCUGCCCCUGGUCAGAUUGGUUUCAAAUCGUAUUCUAAGCACUGCUGAUGCUGACAUAGAGAGUGAUCGCGAGUUUACCUUCAUGCUCACCAUCUUUGGGCAAUGGGUUGACCAUGAUCUGACUUUAACGCCCUUCUCACCAAGCAUCAGAUCCUUCAGCAAUGGCCUUAACUGCGAUGAGAGUUGUGAGCGCUCUGAACCUUGCUUCCCAAUUCCGGCCCCUACAGGAGAUCAACGCCUGAGGCCUGGCACCUGUCUCCCUGUCUUCCGUUCUUCACCUGCCUGUGGCUCCGGGAACACUGCCUAUAUGUUUGGUGGGAAUCCCAAAGUUCGGGAACAGAUCAAUGCUCUCACAGCUUUCCUAGAUGCUGGACAGGUUUAUGGGUCCGAGGAUGGGCUAGCAAAGGAACUUCGAGACCUGACCAAUGAUGGUGGUCUUCUACGUGUCAAUCAUCAGUUCACUGACAAUGGUCGAGAGCUUUUGCCUUUUACCAGUGUAGAAAGCAACAUGUGUGCCACUCGCAGGAACACCCUCAAUGACACCACCCUUACAGAGGUGCCUUGUUUCAUUGCAGGGGAUGUCCGUGUUGAUGAAAACACUGCACUCACCUCAAUACACACACUUUUUGUGAGGGAGCACAAUAGAUUGGCUCGUGCCCUCCAUGCGCUUAACCCUACCUGGAGUAGUGAAACCCUCUAUCAAGAGGCAAGAAAAAUUGUGGGUGCCUACAACCAGAUCUUGGUGUUUAAGGAAUACUUGCCACAUAUUGUGGGCCUUGAUGCUUACAAUAGAUACCUCGGACAAUAUCCAGGUUAUGAUGAGAAUGUGGACCCAACCAUUGCAAAUGUUUUUGCCACUGCAGCUUUCCGUUUUGCCCACCUGGCCAUCCAACCCAUGAUAUUUCGUCUUGAUGAAAAUUACCAGAACCAUCCACAAUUUCCAAGCGUGCCCCUUUACGAGGCCUUCUUUUCUCCUUGGAGGGUGAUCUUUGAGGGUGGCAUCGAUCCUCUGCUUCGUGGACUGAUUGGUCGACCAGCAAAACUGAACACACAGGACCACAUGUUGGUGGAUGCUCUUAGGGAGAGGCUGUUUGCCUUUACAUCACACAUUGCUUUGGAUUUGGCUGCCCUUAACAUGCAAAGAAGCCGUGACCACGGUAUACCAGGCUAUAAUUCAUGGCGUCGGUUCUGUGGACUGUCUGCUCCUCGGAAUGAGCAAGAAUUGGCUGUGGUGAUGAACAACAGUGAAUUGGCUCGCAGGUUGCUUGAGCUUUAUGGCACCCCUGAGAACAUUGACAUUUGGUUGGGAGGUGUUGCUGAGCCUUUUGCUCCUGGUGCUCGUGUUGGUCCUCUUUUUGCCUGCCUCAUCUCUACACAGUUCCAGCGCAUCCGCCAGGGGGAUAGGUUAUGGUUUGAGAACGAUGAAGUGUUCACCACAAGACAAAAAUCAUCACUGGCCUCUGUGUCACUAGCCCGCAUCAUCUGUGACAACACUGGAAUCCUCAGAGUUCCCUUUGAUCCUUUCCGCUUCACCAGUCCUACUAGUUUUAUUAACUGUAGGGAUAUCUCAGCCUUUGACCUCACCCCUUGGUUUGACUCUGAUACAGAUUCCUUCCGAGGGCCUCCCGGACCCAGAGGACCCCCAGGAGAACCUGGUCCCCGAGGUGUAGCAGGCCCCCCUGGACCUCCAGGACCUCCAACUAAUACCACAGGACAACAGUCUGCCUUCUUUGCUUCUGUUGGUACCAUCCUCCCUGCCACUGCUACGGUUGUUGUGUUUAAUCAGGUCCUUUACAAUGGACAGAACCAUUAUAACCAAAAUUCAGGUCAAUUCAUCUGCCAAAUACCCGGUGUAUAUGAAUUCCAGUUCUCAUGCCUAGGAACUCGGACUUUGGGUGUUGUUACUUUAAAGAAAAAUAAUGUUGUACAGGUAACUGCUGAAACUAUCAACCUUAAUACACGAUCAUUAGCGGAAGGGAGUGUGGUUCUAAACCUGCAGAGGGGCGACAGUGUGUGGAUAGAGGCUUCUCGAGGUGCUAAUGGUAUAGGCAGAUCAAGCUAUUUCUCUGGUCAUAUUCUUUUCCCUGUUUGAGACUAUUGCUUAUGAUGUAUUUUCCCCUUUCACAAAGCUGUUGUUUUUAUAAUUCACAUAUAAUAUGACAGCUAAAAAAUCCUAUGAAAUGCAAACUGUAAAUUUGCUAUUUUUCCUUUGUCUUUAAAAAAAACUAUUCUUACUGUAUCUUAAGCCGUUGUGCUUUCCUGUUCUUGGUGGUGUUUUGUUUUAUUAAUAAGAUGACUGACUGUUAGUUAUGCAAAAUUAAGAGUGCAGUUAUACUUUAGUCUUUGAAUUAUGCAUUGUUUAAAGCACAAAGCAGUGCUCAUGCAAUGACAAUUCUUUUUUUCAUGUACUGUAUGGUGGUAUUUGUUGUUUUUGGUUUUGGUUUUGUUGUUAGAUUGCAACAAAAAUAUUCUGUAGUCCAUGGUGUGACAGUUAUUUUUUUGUGUAUGCUUUUAGCAAAGUGAAAAACAAAAAAAUAAAUGAACUUUCUGUAUCAUCAA